CGUGAACCUCCUCAAAUUGGCGCACUAAUCCUAAAAGGAGCCAUGAAGUGUUAAACGGUAGAAACAGAGAGAGCGGCGCUCAGACACCCGCACGCUGGGAGAGAGGGAGGAAACAGCGCUGCUCCAAUGCGUCUGUGCAACACAGACUGAAGAGAGAGAGAAAAAAAACUUAUCGACUCACAAAACCAGAACCUGCGCUGCGCAAUUAGUGCGAGAGAACUCACUUUUCCUUCUGUUUUGAAGAAAAUAAAUAAAGAAAUCAAGCUGGCUCAGUGCGUGUCUCAGCAGCCUACUUUGACAGGUGCUCCUCACCCCCUUUGGAGGACUGUCAACAGCAAGAGGAUGGCAUCAGAGCUGGCAAUGAGCAACUCCGACCUGCCCACCAGUCCCCUGGCCAUGGAAUAUGUUAAUGACUUCGAUCUGAUGAAGUUUGAAGUGAAAAAGGAGCCGGUGGAGCCCGAUCGCAGCAUCAACCAGUGCAGCCGCCUGGUCGCCGGGGGAUCCCUAUCUUCCACCCCGAUGAGCACGCCUUGCAGCUCGGUUCCCCCCUCUCCAAGCUUCUCGGCGCCCAGUCCGGGAUCAGGGAGCGAACAGAAGACGCACUUGGAGGAUUUCUACUGGAUGACCGGGUACCAGCAGCAGCUGAACCCCGAGGCUCUGGGCUUUAGCCCAGAGGACGCCGUAGAGGCGCUGAUCAGCAGCAGUCACCAGCUCCAAACCUUCGACGGCUAUGCCAGAGGGCAGCAGUUCGGCGGAGCAGCCGGGGCAGGAGGCGCCAUGGCCGGGGAGGAGAUGGGAUCAGCGGCCGCCGUGGUGUCCGCGGUCAUCGCCGCUGCCGCGGCCCAGAACGGGACUCCCCACCACCACCACCAUCACCACCACCACCACCACACAGGGGCACACCAUCCCUCCUCCGGGUCCCAGUCCGGCGGCGGCGCGGGGGGCAACCACCAGCACCUGCGCCUGGAGGAGCGCUUCUCGGACGAGCAGCUGGUCACUAUGUCGGUGCGGGAACUGAACCGGCAGCUCCGGGGGGUCAGCAAGGAAGAGGUGAUCCGUCUGAAACAGAAGAGGAGGACACUAAAGAACAGAGGCUAUGCGCAGUCCUGUCGGUACAAGCGCGUCCAGCAGCGGCACGUCCUGGAGGGGGAGAAGACGCAGCUCAUGCAGCAGGUGGACCACCUCAAGCAGGAGAUCUCCCGGCUGGCCAGGGAGAGGGACGCCUACAAGGAGAAAUACGAGAAGCUGAUCAGCACCGGCUUCAGAGAAAACGGAGGCUCCAGCAGUGACAACAACCCUUCAUCUCCGGAGUUUUUCAUGACGUCGAGAAAAUUCCUCCAUCUGUGAUAGAGAGCUGUGCUUUCUUGGCCCCACCAGCCUGGAGACUGCGAUAUUAUGACACUGGAAUGCUGUUUUAUGAACGACCUACGGCACCUGGACUGCCAUGAAGCACAAUGUCUCAAAAGCGACUCGC